AUGGGCUAGCACGUAGUAAUGACAAGUUUUAUUUUGUUGUUUCUAUUAAUAAAAAUAAGUUAUUCUGACAUAAAUUCCAACAAUAAAGUUUGUCAGGGGAAUGUUUUUGAUGAUCAUGACUUAUUGGGUAUAUCAAUAUUUAAAAAUUGUCACACAAUACUUGGAAAUUUAAUAAUCAAUGGUUUAAGAGAAGAGGAUGAUAUUUCGGACCUUAAUUCAAUACACCAAAUAAAAGGAUAUCUGAUGAUCAUUAAUGUGUCAAAGAAAGUUUUGCAAUUUCCUAACCUACAAUUAAUUCAAGGGGUAACAACCUACAAUGGCUACAGUCUGAUAGUUGAAAACAAUUCAAAAAUUCAAAUCGUAGAUGGUUCAGAAUUUAUUUUGGGAUUGGAAUUUUUAGAACUGCCAUCUUUGGUCGAAAUAUUGAAAGGAAAUGUUAUCUUUCAAAACAACCCACGGUUUUGUUAUAAUAUAGAUAGCCAGAUUUUGUGGAACGAUUUAUGGGGUGAACCUGCCAAUCAACACGUAAAUGCAAUUUACGACCACAAAUGCUAUAACGAGGCUAUCACAUGCCCUUCAGAAUGCUCGAAUGGCUUGGCCAAAUACAAAUACUCAAUGCAUUUUAAUAGCCCUUCCUACUGCUGGUCACACACUGUAUGCCAAACUCUGACCCGUACCUAUUGCCAUUCACUGUGUCAUGCCAAGUCACGCUGCAUUGGCCCAGAAAAAAGGCAUUGCUGCAAUCCCGAAUGCAUGGGACUCUGCUCAACCGAUUCCCCUUCUAAUUGCACAUUGGGCUGCAAACAUUUUACAGAUUUAUCUGAUAAGAGUCAUAAUUCAAUGUUUUUAUCAUCGUCUCUAAGUCACUACAAUGGUUACAUUGGUGGUAAAUGCGUGAUGGAUUGUAACAUUAAUUCUGGCUAUGAUCUGGCCCUGAAAUACAUACAAGAUGGCAUUAAUACUCCCAAAAAGACACCAAAUUUGCAACAACACAGAACAUUGAUAUACAAGGAUUUUUGUCUAUUGAACAAUUGUCCGCACAACACUUACUCCCUUAACUAUUUGUGCCUAGAUCAAUGUCCCAUUCAAAGAGGCUUCACUGAGUCGGGGAACACUUGCCUACCUUGCCGGAAAAAAUCGUUCAAAGAUGGUUCUUCAGAAUUUGGCAUGAUUAACACGAUCGAUCAUUUACCCGAUGUGGAAAAAUAUUGGUGCCCUAAUUAUUGCAGUGCCGGUGGUUCUUACAUGAAAUUUGCCGAUGUUGGAACAUAUAAAAACUGCGAAAUAGUUUUAGGCGAUAUCAAUAUUGUGAAGGAAUCCUUUGAAAAUGCGAGUUAUUUGAAUGGAAGAGGAGGAUUGGAUCUUUUGGAGCAGAACUUGGGAAGCGUUCGGAUAAUUAUGGGCUAUUUGAAAAUUCAAUAUUUACCUUCAGCUUUGAAAUCUUUGGAAUUUUUCAAAAACCUAAAAGAAAUCCGAGGACUGUCUUUACCGACCCACGAUAUCGUAUCCAUAUCAAAUACCAAUAUCGAGUAUUUAGGUUUAAAAAGUUUGACCAAGUUGGGCGGCUUAGGGAAUAUUAAGAUUGCCAAUAAUUCGAACCUUUGCUACACGUGGACCAUAAAUUGGAACGGCCUGCGGGUUAAACCGCACAAUUUUGACCGAAUAUUCGGACUGACCUCAAUUGCAUACGAAACCUCUGUACUACAAGAUAAAUGCGGAGAAUGCCAUUCGGAAUGCGUUGAUGGCUGUUGGGGACCCGGAGAUUCCAUGUGUGUUUCCUGCCUACAUUAUAAGAUAAACACAAGCUUAGGUUUUAAUUGCGUUCCUUCUUGUCCUCCUAGAACUUUUACAAAAUUGGAAGACUCUAAAGCCGACAAAGGCCAAUGUAUACCAUGCCACCCAGAAUGUUCGGAUGAAUCAUGUUUUGGUCCCGGCCCUACCAAUUGUACGAAUUGUAAAAAUGUGCGUUAUAAAAACGAAUGCUUCGCUGUUUGCCCGCAAGACUCCUAUCCCUUGAAUUCUUCCAUGUGCACGAAUUGUUCCGCUGCUUGUUAUUUAGGUUGUUCUGGCCCUUCUAGUAUCGUUGGUUCCGGAGGAUGUAAUUAUUGCAAAAAUGGUGCUCUUGUCCUACAUCCCAAUAUUACACAUUGCCUACCAAUGAAUAUUACCCAUUGUCCCACUGGAUUUUACAUGAAUAGGACUAUAGGCAAGCUAGCCUUUAAUCAAAGCACUUUCGUAUUACUCAAUUACACACAGUGUCUACGAUGUCAUCCUAAUUGUUUAUCCUGCAAAGACGCUUCGAAAUUAUGUCACACUUGCAAAAUGGUUAGAGUACUUCCAUUUUCGCGCCAAACAGACAUGAUCGAUUCAUCGAACAGUUCUUCAUGGACAUCGGAUGCUCUGAUAAAAUAUCAAUGCGAAGAAAAAUGUCCUUCGUCGCAUUAUCAAGUCCUGUUAAAUGUUAUAAAGCCUUCCCACUUGGAUCUUCACGAUAGAUCGCGAAAUCUAGAAAAACUUUGCUUUAAAUGUUUUAAUCAAUGCGCCAGCUGUGACGGUCCCGGACCAUUCGAUUGCCAUACAUGCAUAGCUUACAAAUUAUUGCACGAUUAUACGAGCGCGAAUCUUUCGCUGUCGAGCAGAAUAAAUCAUUAUACUCAAAAAAAUUUUUCUUGCUUAAUAUCGUGUCCGGCGGAUGUUCCAUAUGUGUCCCAAAUAAAUGGCGAAAGAAUAUGUUCAACCAUUUUCAAUUCCCAAACCCAUUCUAGCUUUCCUCUCUCCAGAUCGAGUUACUUAGCCAUUACCACGUCUCUUAUAAUAAUCGCUGUAUUCCUAAUAUUCUUGGCCUAUUACAUAUGUCACCGCCGUCUCGAUCACAAACGUCAUUUGCCGACGUCCGCUCAUAUGUCUAAUCAAUGUUAUAGUUCCUUUAGCCCGGAUCUUGUCUCCCAGCAAAACUCCGAAAAUCAAAAUGGCGAAGUGACCAGGCUCGUGAACGUGUUUAAGAGAGACGCCAUCCAAUUAGGAAGGUUAUUGGGAUCCGGGGCCUUUGGGACAGUACACAAGGGUCUUUGCACAUUUCCCGAUGGUCAAAUUAUUCCCGUGGCUAUUAAAAGUAUCAUGGGUGACAAUAUCCACAAAAAGAGUGAAGAAAUACUACAAGAAAUUAAUUUGCUUAUAAAUGUUAAACACGAAUGCCUCAUAAAUGUCCUGGGGAUAUGCAUGAAUCCCGAAAUAAUGAUAGUGACAGAAUUGGUCGAGUUGGGCAGCAUGCUAGAUUUUUUGCGAGACAACGAUCAGAGCAUAUUGAUCCAAGAUAUGAUUCUUUGGGCUACACAAAUAGCCAAAGGAAUGGCUUACCUGGAAAAACAUUCCAUUAUUCACAGAGAUUUGGCAGCCCGUAACAUAUUAGUGCGUUCUUUGGAUCAGGUUUUGAUAUCUGAUUUUGGAUCCGCUAGGCUUAUGAAGGAAUACGAUAAUAUGUAUGCGUCUAAGGGAGGAAAAAUGCCUUACAAAUGGCUGGCCAUCGAAACCUUGAAAACGCUUGUCUUCACUCACAAAUCUGACGUGUGGGCCUAUGGCGUGACUAUUUGGGAAAUGUUUACUUAUGGUAAACAUCCUUACGAAAAUAUAAAACACAAAGCUCUAUGCAAUUUAUUACAAAAUGGUUAUCGAUUACCUAAACCCAACAUUGCAUCAGCUCGAAUAUAUCAAAUUAUGUUAGAAUGCUGGACAAAUUCUCCAUCUCUCAGACCAACUUUUAUAGAACUUAUUGAUCGAUUUUCACAACUAAAAACUAUAUUUACAAAACAACAUUCCAGAUCUUUUGCCGAAUUUCAAACGCCAUACCAAAAUAUAUACGAUGAUAUUUUAAACGCCAGCAUCGAUAAUAAUAACAAUUUGAGGUAUUAUCAUAACGUCAUUGGAAAGUAUGACAAGCCGAACGCUGUAUCUAACGUAAAUUAUCACGAACUAAAUGCUAUAUCAUAUGAAAAUACUUAUUUCAAGCCAUAAAUAUUUACAAUACUACUAGAUAAUUUUAUAAUCAUGUCAUUGGAAAAAAUUAUGAUAAGCCGAAGACUGUAUUUAAGCUUAUAUUAUUAUGAACUCAUACAAUAUCAUAUAAAAAUACUUGUUUAUAUUAUUUUAUUUAAAAAAUUUGCAUUUAUUAGAAAUAUGAUUCCACAACAAUCUCGUAAAAAUAUUUAUAGUUUAUAAAAUUUACAAAAAGUAUAUAUAUUUUUUAAAACCUUGCCUAUAUGCUAUUAAUUUUUUUUAUGCG